GCGCAGGAGGGGGCGCCAGUAUCCCAUACGUCAGCUGCGCGACUCUCUGAGGCAAUGGCUACGCGGGUGGUCACUCUGGGUAUCGACCUGGGUACUACGUCUGUGAAGGCGGCCUUGGUGGAGGCCGUGCCCUGCGACCCGUCCGGGUUUGUGGUACUGGCGAGCUGUGCCCGGGCUACGCGAGCUGAGGCGGUGGCCCAGAGUGCGGCGGCAGGGCACCAGGGGCAGGAGCAGGAUGUGAGCAGAAUCAUCCAAGCCCUAAAUGAGUGCCUUGCUGCCCUUCCUCGGCAGCUGCUCCAGGAAGUUUGUGGCAUUGGAGUGUCAGGACAAAUGCAUGGAGUCAUGUUUUGGAAAACAGGCCAAGGCUGUGAAUGGACAGAGGGAGGGCCCUCUCCUGUGUUUGAGCCCAGAGCUGUGAGCCCUCUGGUCACAUGGCAGGACGGCCGGUGUAGCAGUGGGUUCCUGGCUUCUUUGCCCCAACCAGAGUCCCAUCUCAGUGUGGCCUCAGGGUUUGGCUGUGCAACCAUCUUCUGGCUUUUGAAGAACAGCCCAGAGUUCCUGAAGUCCUAUGAUGCUGCUGGCACCAUCCAUGACUAUGUGGUUGCCAUGCUGUGUGGCUUGCCAAGAUCCCUGAUGUGUGACCAGAAUGCUGCUAGCUGGGGCUAUUUCAACACUCAGAGCCAAAGCUGGAACUUGGAGAUAUUGAGGGCCUCAGGCUUUCCUGUCCACCUUCUCCCAGACAUCGUGGAGGCUGGCAGUGUGGCAGGCAGAACUUCCCGUGCCUGGUUUGAAAUCCCAAAGGGGACACAGGUGGGCGUGGCCUUGGGUGAUUUACAGGCCUCCGUCUAUUCCUGUAUGGCCAAAAGGACAGAUGCAGUUCUCAACAUCAGCACCUCAGUUCAGUUGGCAACCUCCAUGCCUUCAGGAUUCCAGCCAGCGCAGACUCCAGACCCUGCGACUCCAGUCACCUACUUUCCGUACUUUGACAGGACCUACCUGGCGGUGGCAGCAUCACUCAAUGGGGGCAACGUGCUGGCCACAUUUGUCCACAUGCUGGUACAGUGGAUGACGGAUCUAGGUCUAGAGGUCGAAGAAUCCACUGUGUAUUCAUGCAUGAUCCAGGCAGCUGCACAGCAAAGAGACACCUGCCUAACUAUCACUCCAACGGUGUUGGGCGAGAGGCACCUGCCGGACCAGCUGGCCUCAGUGACCAGAAUCUCCUCCUCUGACCUCUCCCUGGGGCACGUGACCCGGGCUCUGUGCCGGGGCAUUGUUCAAAACCUGCACUCCAUGCUUCCAUUUCAACAGCUCAAGGAUUGGGGUGUGAAACGGGUGAUUGGUAGUGGGAGUGCACUGUCCAGGAAUGAGGUGCUAAAGCAGGAGGUGCAAAGGGCUUUCCCCUUCCCAGUGUCCUUUGGGCAGGAUGUGGAUGCAGCUGUGGGGGCAGCGCUGGUCAUGCUCCAGAGAAGUCUUAACCAGAGGGAGUCUUAGUGCAUUUUUUGGCCAAAAGACUGUUGCAGAUUUUAUCUAACUUUCAUGACAUGACCUUGGGAUCAUCCUUGAACUGGACAGUUUUGUGGGCAGCUUUUAAGCAAAGCUUACUUUCGGGGAACCAUCUUGACCAAGUACCUAUCUUCAUACUCUAAUAAUGCAGGCAGGACUCAUCAGCUGGAUCUCAAAUCAGCGCUUCCCAAGAGACUCACUUGGGAAUUCAUUGCAAAUGUACAUGUGGAAAAAAGAGGGAAAAAGAAAGAAAAGGAACAGUAGCUCAGCAUCAUGGUCAGCAGACUCUUCUGUGAUUCACCUGUAGACAAAGAGAAAAUAAAUGUGGACUUCAGACACCAAGAAGUCUCCAAUUAAGAAAAGAAGACCUCCCCACCCUGCCCCCAGCUCCAGCUUUUGGAAUGAUUGUUUUUUGGGGACAUGAAGGCCAGACUUGGGUCAUAUGCACUGUUGGAAAAGUCCUUCCCUACUGGAUUGUACCAUGUGUCCCUAAGGCCCCUCUCCCAUUCUUGUUCUCCCUUGGCCAGAGCUGGUUAGCUGAGGCAGGGCAUGGCCCAAGAUAGUAAAGCAGACUGGCUGAGAUGGA